GCGGGUACUGGGGCCGCAGCACCCCGUUCCCGAGGGGCCGAGCCUCGUCAUGGCUGAUGACUUCGGCUUCUUCGCGGCGUCCGAGGGCGGCGGGGCCCAGGGCGCCGAGGAGGACCCGGCCGCCGCCUUCCUGGCCCAGCAGGAGAGCGAGAUCGCGGGCAUCGAGAACGACGAGGGUUUCGGGGGGCCGCCGGGACCCCCGGGGGGAGCUGUCUCGGAGGACUUGGGGGCAACCGUCAAUGGAGACGUGUUUCAGGAGGCCAAUGGUCCAGCUGAUGGCUACGCGGCGGUGGCGCAGGCGGAUCGGCUGACGCAGGAACCCGAGAGCAUCCGCAAGUGGCGGGAGGAGCAGAGGAAGCGUCUGCAGGAACUGGAUGCCGCCUCCAAGGUGACUGAGCAGGAGUGGAGGGAGAAGGCCAAGAAGGACCUGGAGGAGUGGAGCCAGCGACAGAGUGAGCAGGUGGAGAAGAAUAAGAUCAGCAACCGGAUCGCUGACAAAGCCUUCUACGAGCAGCCCGAUGCUGACGUCAUCGGCUACGUGGCCUCCGAGGAGGCGUUCGUCAAGGAAUCCAAGGAGGAGACCCCCGGCACUGAGUGGGAGAAGGUGGCCCAGCUGUGUGACUUCAAUCCCAAAAGCAGCAAGCACUGCAAAGACGUGUCCCGGCUGCGCUCGGUGCUCCUGUCCCUGAAGCAGACGCCUCUGUCCCGCUAGGGGGCGCCCCAAGCAUGGUCGGAGCGGGGGGCCCGGGCCGGCGCGGGGCGGGGCCAGCGCGCCAGCUGCCUCCAGCCUGAUUUCUCCCGCCUCGGUGGGCUGGGAAGGGGACCUUCACCAAGCCCCCCAAUCCUUCCCCAAGGCCCGCGGCUCAACCCCCACUAGGCUCUUUCCAGUCCAUCCUCCUGAUGUAUUUUUUUUUCUUCUUAGCUUAAAGGGUGUAUUAUUAACUCUU